GUGGUUCUGGCUGUUGGCUUUGCUCUGGCAGGUGGAGUGUUUGUGAUGUAGUGAGUAUGGCUUUAGCACUAGCAGUAGUGUGUGAGGUUUCAUUGGUGGGAUCACAUGAUUAACAGGUCAGUGAUGAACACAAAGAGGUACGAUGACCUCAACUGGAACUAUGACAGAUGGUUCUGGCACAGGCAGCUCUCCACUGGUUAGCAGAAUGCUGUUUGCUCCAGAGCAGCAGGACUCUCCGUCUGGUGUGCCCAGUGUGGAAGAGCUCAGUCUGGGCCUGCUGUCUCUGAGCCUCCCCUCCUGGAACCAGCCACCCUGGAUCCACCCGGAACCCCAGCGCCCGCCCCAAACCUGCUCACAGACACCCAUGCUGAAUCUCUUGGGUGCUCCACAAGGCAGCGAUCCGGGUCAGAAUCAAGGCUUCCAAGCCCAAGAGUCCGCCGGUGGGCAUGACCUGCUGGAGCGGUUCUCCAGCCUGAGUCAUGUGAUGCCAAAGCGAGAACCUCACUCUCUUCUGCACUCUGGACCCAGCAGUCCUGUCAACUCUGAGACCAGCGGAAUCUCAUCUGGAUCUGACCAGCUGGUCUCUUUCAGAGUUUCUCCCCCGUUACCCCUGCUGUUGCCCGGACUGCAAGUAGAGGGUGUGAAACUUGGCGCAGAUGCCCAUCUAUCCACCCUCACCCCCACUCCUCAGCCUGAGGGGUCGUUGGCUGGGUGCUGGUCCACAGGGUCCACCUGGCCAGGUUGGGACGCUUUGGGUUUGAACAAACCCUCGGUCUGCAUCGAGAGAGAGGCGAAGCUUCAUAAACAAGCUGCUGCGGUUAAUGAAGCCACCUACAACUGGGAAGGACGGCUUCCCCCCCGACACUACAAAUACCCAGUUUACUCCUGUAAAGUGUUUUUGGGAGGUGUCCCGUGGGACAUCACAGAGGCGAGUCUGUUGAACACAUUCAGUGUUUUUGGUUCAUUGAAAGUUGAGUGGCCUGGUAAAGACGGAAGACAUCCACGCUGUCCUCCACAAGGUUACGUGUAUCUACUGUUUAAUUGUGAGAAGUCUGUGAAGAUCCUCCUUCAGGCCUGUAUUCAACACCAUCUGCAGUCUGAUGAUUAUCUGGAGUUCUACUACAAACUGUCCAGUAGAAGAAUUUACAACAAAGAUGUGCAGGUCAUCCCGUGGGUGAUCUCAGACAGUAAUUUCAUCCGUUAUCCCACCCAGCGUCUCUGUCGCAAUAAGACGGUGUUUGUGGGCGCGCUGCAUGGCAUGCUAAAUGCAGAGGCUCUGGCCCACAUCAUGGACGAGCUUUUCGGAGGGGUUGUGUUUGCAGGAAUCGACACGGACAAGCACAAAUAUCCUAUAGGUUCUGGCAGAGUGACCUUCAGAAGCCAGAGGAGCUACUUGAAAGCUGUGACUGCUGCAUUUGUGCAAAUAAAAACCUCCAAGUUUACCAAGAAGGUCCAGAUUGACCCAUAUCUGGAUGACUCUUUGUGCCAAAUGUGUAGCAGUCAGCCCGGCCCAUUCUUCUGUAGGGCACAGGCCUGUUUUAAAUACUAUUGUCGGGCCUGCUGGCAUUGGCGGCACUCUUUGGAGGUUUUGAGCAGUCAUCAACCUCUCAUGAGGAACCAGAAGGGCUUGAAUCCCAACUAAAACAACAAAGCCAGGAAGCUGCUGUUUCUCCAAGGAGCAGCCAUGGGCAAGAGUGUCUGGACUGAGCUUACUGUUUUGUGGAAAUAUUUUAACGAGAAUGUGGAAGUGUUUUUUGGGGAAGUGAAUGCGUUUCUUGCACUGCUCUCUUUCUCAUUCGUUAAUGCUCUAUGCACACACAUUUUUGCACAGUUUAAGGGAGGUGGCCGGGAGAGAAACUGCCACCUGAUUUUAAGAGUUAAAGUGUUUUUGCAGGCAUAGAAUACUAGUUUAUUAUCUCGCUGGUUUGAUCCUCUGAUGCAGGCAAAUGCCAGUUGGUGCCUUCAGCCUUUCAUUUGUUGUCAACAUUUCCAGUCCAGUAUUUUAUUUGAUAUAAUUUUAUUUGGCUGGUCUGCUGGGGAUUUUUAGAGAGUUUUGUUAUGUUGACAUUUUAAGGCAGUUUUCCCUGCUUUUCUACCUGCUGGUUUGGGUCAUGCCAUGGAAAUAUGAACCAAUAGACUUGAAGAUUUUUAAGUUUUCCCGUCCCAAGUGUCUUUUCCUGUGGGGCCAUUUUUUAUUUUUUUUUUAUUUUGCUUUUUUAACACUAUAUUAAAUGGUUGAUGAGCAUCUUGGUUUGUGAAAUAUCUAGCUGAUGCUGUUGCUAAGCAACCACCCCGCCAUCAACCAUCAGAUCAGAUACACGUUAACAACUCUGGAACGCACUUUGACCGCUGAGAUUGUGCUGUACAUAGUUUUAAUCAAAUUGUUGCACUUAAAUUUUAAUGUAGCACUGUUGCCAGUGGUUUUAAAAUAGUUUAAUUGAGAAAGGGGUUGAAUACUCCCGGUUACAUUGAGUUUUCUGUUUAAGUUAGAACUAAACUAUCCUAAUCUUAGUUUAAUCAGUCCGUCAAGCAAAUGUUGCCCCAUUACCCUAGAUUCUUGCUGAAGCUGUGCCAAAGAGCAUCCUUCACUUCCUUGUUGCCUUUUGCUUUUUAGAAGUCUCUACCUCAUUGCUCUGCAAGUGUUGCCAUGGUUACUUACAAAUGUAGAUGAUGUUCAGAUAGGACAAAAUAAAGUUGU